GUGAUAUCAUAACACUGCAAUAUGAAGGGCUUUUAUGGUUGCCGCCCGAUUUUGCCCCAGGAUAUCCCUAAGGCAGGUGCUGUAACUGGGGCAUGGUAGACAUGGGGAGCAAAAGGAGGAGGAGGGAGGCCAGCUGAGCACACCCGUCCCUCUGAAACAACCACUGUUGCCAACAUCAGACAAAGAUAUUGAGAGGAUGGCUCAGUCUGUGAAGAAGCAAGACACUCUAGGAGCCAUGGAACAAAACCGCCAGAGGGACAAGAGCAGGACCAGUUACUUUGGCAAUGUUAAGAAUAGACUGGGAGCUAAACUGCCUGCUGGUGUCACUCAGCCGCCACAGUUCACCAAAGAUCCCUGGGAGAAGCAGCUUCCAGCCCAAGUUGUCCGGCACACCACAGACAGCAGCGGACAUCACCAACAACAUGCUGCAGGCCGCCCCCUCGACCACGUCCCCCACAUCAGAAACCCCAAGCUCCGGCAGUACUACCUUCAAGGGACAUCAUGGGAGCUGAACACUGCAGUGAUGGAAGAGGAAACAAGUGGACUGCAACAAACAACGAACAGUAAGGUCCUCCCUGAGGACAGGGUGUUCACUAUCAGCUCUCAGUUUGACAUUGACAGAACCUCUCUGGUAGAAACAUGCAAAAUAAACCAAGACUGCUCUGCUUCCUCUUUGAAUUUGUGCUCCUUGACAUCUACCCUCAUCCCUCGGAAGCAUCUGUGUGUUCCGGAAGGGAAAAAGACCCCAAACCCUCAAGAAUUGUCUCUGCCACAAGUGAACCUAUUCACCGAUGUAAAACAGAAACACCAGCCAAAACUGGAGGCUGGUACAGGACUUUCUACAACACUCCCAGCUCGACCCCUCUCUCCUUCACCGGAUGCAGAAUAUGACAAACUACUGGAUGUGGAGGCGGUACCAAUGCCUGAUGGACAGCUGUGCCUGUUAGCUCUCCCGCCUGAGUGCUCUCAGGGGGAGGGACCAGAGGCCACGCCCUACCUUAAACUGGUCUGUCGCUACAUCACCGACCGCAAGGGGGUGGUGUCUGGUAUCCUGCUGGUAACAUCUAAUAAGAUUUUCUUUGACCCGUGUAAGACCCAUCCUCUAGUAAUGGAACAUGGCUGUGAGGAGUAUCUCUUGUCGUGCUCUGUGGACUGUUUGGCAUCUGUUUCCUUCUUCGCAGACAUCACACACAUUCACUUUGUGUCCUCACAGUACAGGUGGACAGGAAGGAAAAGUGUCCAGAAGUCUAAAACUGUCAAGAACCUCCACGGUGGCUUCUCUGACCACAAAGAUGAAGCAGACCCAUCUUUGGCAACCUCAUUUUCAUCAGCCUUACAGUCCAGCCUGGCCCUGGGCCUGAACAGGGAUGUUUCUGAGGACGAGUGGCUGGAUAGCAACGACAUGGCAGAGGCUGAAAGGCAGAUGAGAGACAGCCCCCUGGAUGAACUCGUAGAGCAGUCUACAGGGGCUCUGGGGGUGGCAGUCCUGAGCAGCGCUGCCACCUUCUGUUGUGGAGGACAAGAUGUGGGGGGUAAAGUGAAAACUGAGCCGUUGCCCACAGAUGAGGCAGAGAAGGAGUCAUACGUGAAGUAUCAGCUUGCAGUGCCUCAUAGACCAUCAUCAGCCAGUCCGGGUGGACUAAUGUUUGUCCGGCUGCGGUUUCAGCGGCCUGCUGGAAAGAAAAAGGGUGUUGGGGGCUUACAUCUGGGGACAGCCAAAACCUUACCCAGAAGGGAUGCCUGGUUAGCCCUGUCACAGGAGAGCGCUGACGAACUCUACGCCUACUUGAGCCAAUGGCGACCAGACCUGUGUAUCCUGCAGGGAGGGGAAGAAGGGGAGGAGGGAGAAGGCGAGGAAGAGGAGUUUGUACUGAUUGAGGACAGAGAGGAGGAGGUGGAGGGAGACGAGGAGGUAUUACAGAAGCAUCGGCGUUCGGGUGAAGACUGGGAGAUGGUGUCAAUGGAGGAGAGUGGGGGCAAGCUGACCCUCGUCAUUGACAGAGACCCAGAGUGUUUAGAUGACAUUGUUCAGGAGAGCCGCAUUUUAGAAGCCUCAUAUGUCAGACAGUUGUGUAUGGAGCUGCCCCCCAGGUUGGUGGGCUCUACCUGGAAGCUGGCUUACAGCACAUCCCGCCAUGGCUUCAGCCUCAAGUGUCUUUACCGAAAGCUGAGUGACACAGACUCACCUGUGCUCAUUGUCAUCAAGGACGCGCUUGAUCAGGAGUUUGGAAGUUUUCUGUCACACCCACUUAGGCCUAGUGAUACAUUCUAUGGCACGGGGGAGACAUUCCUCUUCAUGUUGCAUCCUCGCUUUAAGUGUUUCAGAUGGUCCGGUGAGAACUCAUUUUUCAUUAAAGGAGACUUGGAUUCCUUUGCCAUCGGUGGAGGCAGUGGACACUUUGGUCUGUGGCUGGAUGAGAUGCUAUACCUGGGCCGGAGCACCCCCUGUCACACUUUCAACAACUGUUGUCUCUCUGAAACCGACGACUUCCGUGUCAUUGAGUUGGAGGUGUGGACUUUCAGAUGAAGAGAUUGACCUUUGCACUUGUACUUUUGCGUCAUUAGUCGUAUUAUUUCUUCUCAGAUUCUAUCAAAACUGUGUUCAUCACUGAGCACGCACAUACACACAAACACACUAAGCUGUUCAUUCAACAGAUGAUAACAAUGUAAAAAAAGAAAACAGGAAAAAAAAAGAAUUGGACUGCAAAUUGUUGGCUGUAUCUGUGGUCAAGGCUUCUGAAUUUUAGCCAUCUGAACUUGGACAAUGCAAUGGUUCCAAAUGGGUUCCAGUAAAGGACUAUUUUAGGGUUGACCCAUUCUUGUGGGUUUGGCAACCAAACUAAACUGUGUUGAACUGAGAAGAGCUGAAUGUGGCUGGUUUUACCCCACUUUGACCACAAAAGGGUUUCAGAAUGGCUGUAGUUUGCACUAAAAUGCUACUCGAUGAAAGCAAUUCUAAUCCCAUCAUGUAACCUUGAGGAAAAUGGGUAUGAAAAUACGUAUGAUGGUAACUAUUUCUUUACCGUACUGUAUAUCCUCACCUUCAUAGGUUAGUGUGCCUUUAUGGUACAAGAUAGGCCGCUACUUGAAAUUUGUGGUGAAGUACACAUUAGCCUUCAACAGAUCCCUUUUUGAAAGCCUAUUUGCAUGUACAAAGCCCACAAAUCCACAAGCACAACUCCCACACAUCAGUGUCAUGAUUUCAUCACUUCGUAGUAUGUGAGGAUGUCGUCUGAUGGUUUCAAAUGAAGACUAAAGUGAACCCAGCGAGAACACUUGGAAGUCUAAACAUGAUCACUGGAAGGACAUGCAGCUUUUACAAUGCGUCCUGCACUGAACUGAACGAAACUGUUUGCUGAUUGCCAUCUUGUGGAUUUAAGAGAAAUUGCUUGAUAAAAGGCAUUGGUUGGAUGCUGAUUAAACUUAAAAAGCCCAGGAAUGGUUGAAAUUAUUGCAAUCCAGUUAUUUGUAAUUACCUGUGACUUUUUCUCUCUUGUCCCCAUAGACAAAUCUAUCUUGCUCGUACUCUACAUUGUUGUAGAAUAGAUGAUAAAAUCAGCACAGUGCACAAAUAUGAAAGCCAUUGUAACAUGUUUUUAUCUUUACACGUCUAUUUGACGCACUGAAUUGGUGUAUGAUUCAUGUUGCCAAAGAACACAGCUGUAUUGUAACAAAGAGUUUUAUUUCACCUUGUACAGAAAAUGUGGCACUUGUAGGUAAAAAAAAUUGGGUUUUUUUUCCACAUGAGCUCCAAGCGAUCGGGUGAUUACUUUAAACGAUCAAAUCUCUGAUUUUUUUUUUUAGUUUUUUUUAGUGUCUACUACACAUUUAAAAAAAAAGGAAAUGAGGGAUGAAACAGGAAAUGCAACGAGAGGCCUCAUGAAAAUGUAAGAAAGUGGUUCAAGAUUGUCUCAGGUUUUUGCUCCUUUCAUUAACGUUUCCAGUUGAAGUCAUGAGGAAAGGAAUAAGCUCAAUCUGAAUGCAGUCCAAAGUAACACAGCAGCAUUUGUCUGUCUGAACAAGCAAUACAUUCAGCAAAGAUGCGUCCACCUGGUUCCAUUGUUUGACAUUUAAAUGACCAUUAAUGCAAUAACAAGCAACCUAGUAUUAUUACUUUCUGCUUAACAGCUAGUCUGUCUAUUAAGCAGCUAAUGUAUAUAUUUAAAAAAAAACCUUUGGUUACAUCUUGAAUAUGAUUAGGGCAACCGCCCAACAAUGGAAAAUGUGCACAAAAAUUAACAUUUGCUUUCACAACCCCCCCCCCCCCACAAAAAAA